AUGGAUGCCCACCCCGCUGCCGACUGCUACUACUACCUCUACGCCCCUCCGGCAAGUGCGCACCGUCCACAGCAUACACCGAGCUUACACAUGCAUCAUUUCUUCCAGACGGACGGCAUUGCUCCCGCCGCCGCUACCAACUCCGCUGGCUGCAUCCCCGUUCCCGACCUCCAGACGGACGUCCCGGUGUACUGGUCUCCGGCGCAAGAGGUCGUCUAUCCUACAGACCAGCCUUGGCCUCAGACUCACUACCAGUAUGCCCCGAUGUACCCACCAGCCCCAGGCCACCUCCCGCAACAGGAGGAUGCGCCGCAGUACCAGCCGUACUACUACACUGGCAUCCCGUACUCUACCUCCGCAGAGCCCCCGGACAGCUCCCCGGAGUCUUCUGCUUCCGCAACCCUGUCCCCGCCAACUCCAGAACCCAGCGUUCCGGCUGCGGAGAAGCCGGUGAUCGCUCAAGAAAACCCUCUCGACGUCUACCUGUCGGCGCCUCAGACGACCUUCCAGACGCCUCCAGAGCUCCUCGCCGACCUCACUGCUCGCGACCAGAGCGCUCGCUUGUCGGACUCUGAAGCGCCCGUGGGACGAGCAGGGCAAGCGAAGGGAGCGUCUUCAAAGACGCUCGGGAAGCGCAAGAGAGAAGGCUGCGAGAAGGAGGAGAAGGCCGAGAACCUCAACCAGCGCAAGGCUUACUUCCGCGACAUCUCCACCAAGGUCGGCUUCACUAUCACGGAUCCGGAUACGAUCACCUCUCACGACAAGAAGCGCUGCUACCUGGAGUGCAUGGAGGAAUACAUACAGUUCCUCACCACCGGAUCGUCCUCGCUGGCAAAACGCCGGUCGCUCUCCGUCGUGUCGACAAAUACCAAGGUCUCCACAAUAGCUCCCUCAGGGUGCGUCGCUCUCUCGCUCUUGCACUCCACGGCUAACGAAUGGUCGUUCACCGAGACCACUUUCGUGAAUCUCCGCGAUAUGGUGCUGAACAGCGAGGCAGCAGAGCAGGAGCAUCAGUUCCAGAAGAACACUCUCGCCAUGGGCCCUGUUUACUCUAGACUCUAG